AUGAUCUCGUUGGUUCGAAAGGCCAUCAAGGCCAGUCAGCAGCGCAAACAAGCGCAAACAAACCCGGUGCCAAUGGAAUUGCAAGAAACAGGAUAUGACGCUACCAGGCAAGCACCUCAACAACCACAAUGUCGACAUAUGGAAGCGUAUGAAUCUUCGUCUGUGAAAUGUGUUGCGUGUGCAUCGGAAAAGAAGGCCGCGAGGAUAUACCGAUGGAAGAUUAUCCUAGGCCUAGUGGCACCCUUUGCUCUUCAAGCACUCGACUCGACAAUCAUCGCUAGUGCUCUUCCGUGGAUUGCCUCGGACUUUGGGGAGAUCUCACAGCUCAACUGGAUCGUCUCAGCGUUCAACCUCACUUCUGCAGCGUUCAUCCCUUUCUGGGCUCAAAUGGCUGAUGUAUUUGGCCGCAAUGCUUCUAUCAAUGCAGCCAUUAUCCUCAUGCUCAUUGGCAGUGCCUUGUGUACUGGGGCCCCAACAAAUGCCUUCCCAGUUCUGCUUCUGGGUCGUGGAUUUCAAGGACUUGCUGCUGCUGGCCUCAAUGUCGUUGUCCGGACUAUUCUUGCCGAUAGAGUUUCUUUGCAAGAAAACGCAAAGAACUGGGCCAUCUUCUCACUCGUUGGCGGUAUCUCAUAUGGACUCGGCCCAGUCAUCGGUGGAUAUCUCACAAAUGCUGACUGGAGAUGGUGCUUUGCCAUCAACCUCCCUAUUGCCGCAGUCGCUCUGAUCAUAGUCUUCUUUGUCCUACGCAAGGAGCUUCUCGGUCCUCAGCCCAUCCCUGAGCUCAACGAGACAGCUGAAACUGGCCGGCGAACAAAAUUCGUCGCCCGUCUCAAGACUGUUGAUGUUGGUGGCCAGCUUCUUUUCAUCUUUGGCUUUGGCCUCGUUAUUCUGGCUUUGACUUGGGGUGGCGCGACAUAUUCUUGGUCAUCACCCGCUGUCAUUGUUCCUCUGGUGCUUGGUAUCAUCUUUGCUGGCAUUUUUUGCUACUGGGAGUAUCUCCUUGCCCCUGGAAAUACCAUGGCCGAGAAGCUGCCCUGGCAGAGAGCAAUGCUCCCCUGGGAACUAAUCUCAAAUCGUGAUAUUGGACUUCUCUUCUACUGCGAGUGUGCCACAGGAAUUGGCAUGUAUGCUGUACUCUACUUCUGUAACAUCUACUUUAUUGCAGUCAGGGGUUACGACUCUGACGAGGCUGGCGUCCAGCUUCUCUACUUUGUCCCUGGUCUCGGAGCCGGUGUUUAUAUCUGCUCCUUUAUGUGCAACAAGUGGCCUCGCAUGACGUUUCCCUGUAUCUUUCUAGGGACACUUACCGAAGCUGUCGGUCUGGGAGUUCUUGCAUGGGCGAUCUACGCCAACAGGCUGAGCGUCAUCUAUGGAAUGAUGGCCCUUGUUGGCUGCGGUAGUGGUAUGCGUUUCAUGGCUUCGCCACUUCACGGCAUUGGUCUUUUUCGACACUUGCGUGCCUCCGUCAUUGGGCUCAUGGCGGUUGCCAUCCCUUUUGGUGGUACUAUCGGCUUGACUAUCAUGUCUACAGUCUUCAACAACACUUCUGGGCUGGACUCCCAUAGCGACUUCAGCAGCGUGCAUUCUUCCUCUGGUGGUGCAGCAAAUGAACAGGCUGUUCAUCAAGCCAAGAUGGGUGUUGUCUGGGCGUUUGUCGCCAUCACCCCUCUCGUCGCACUGGGUCAGGCAUUCCCAGUUACUUGGUUCAUCGGAAACGUCAAGCUUGGACAAGGUCCCCCUGGAGAGGAUGGUCCUACUGACAUUGUGGUGAAGGGUUCCUAUCUCCUCAAGCUAGUACGAGGCCAGGAAAAGUUGAAGAUUGAGAAAAAUUCAUACAGGCUCAACAGCUCGCACAGUGGAGCAUGGUCGGAAGCUGUAGCUUCUGAUCAGGGCGUCAACGCCACGAGACCUUUGCAGGGCUCCCAGCAGGUAUGA